AUGGGUGGAGCAAAGGGUGGAAUUAGCAUUGCCAUCAUGUUGCUCGGCGCUCUCAUCACCUUGUGCGCAUCUCAUCCAUUGUGCUACGUGGAUGACCGUCCAACUGAUCCGGACGAAAUCCUGGAGUUCUGCCCGGAGGCUCAAUCGGGUGCUUGCUGUACGGAUGCCGAAGAGGCUUUAGUGCAGCUACGCCACGAGGCCGUGGGCAACCUUACGGGAGACUGCGACGACCUCUACAAGCAGGUGGUUUGCGGCGUGUGUGGCUCGUACAGUGGCCACCUGUACGAACGGCUCGGAGCUGAGCUCGGUGUUCUGGACGGCAUGACCAUGAAGAGCGAUUUCUGCGAAGAACUAACCCCCGACAGCAGCAUGUACUGGCUCGUUGGCCAGGCAGGAGAAAUCAAGAUGGUGGACCUGGACGAUCUCUCAACCAUGACGACAGUGGUGGACAUUUCAUCGGGUCUGUCGUCGGGAGAGCUCUACGUGGACUACGAGGAGGGUCUGCUUGGUCUCGCGUUUUCUCCUCUUUUUUCAACUGAUGGCUACCCCGCCUACUUCUACCUCAGCUACACGGUCGAGCUAGAUGAUGGCGAGAACCAACGGAACCGUCUUUCGAAGUUCCAGUACUUCGCCGGCGACCCAGCUUUCACUCUCGCUUCGGAAGAAGUUCUGUUGACUUCUGCGCCAAAGAUCGGCAGUAUCCACUCGGCGGGCUGGGUCGGCUUCCAGCCAUCUGCCUACGGUACAAUUGCGUCCUACCAUGAUAUCUACUGGACGACCGGCGACGGUGCUUCUCAGACUGACCCCGAAAACCACGGGCAGGACACCACCAACUUACUGGGGUCCGUGAUGCGCAUCUCCGUCCCCGCGGAUGGUACCGGCUACGAGAUCCCCACCGGAAACCUAGCAAGUCCAGCUCUGCCCGAGAUCUGCGCCAGCGGCUUUAGGAACCCCUGGAGAUGCAGUUUCGAUCGUGAAACCGAUGAGUUGUACUGCGGAGAUGUUGGGCACACGCUCGUCGAGGAAAUCGACAUCGUUGAGUGCGGAAACAACUACGGAUGGUCUCGGUUCGAAGGGAGCCGCUGCCAGGAGGCGCAGGAGUCACGCGACGGGCCAUGCCUCGAUACUGACCGCUCGGCCUUCACGUUCCCGAUCUACGAGUACUGCCACCCUGACUAUAGUUCGGACGAUGCGGAUGAAGCCGACUUCGUCGCCGGCGUGGACAUCUGUGGCACACGCAUGGUGUCCGGGACUGCCGUCAUCGGAGGGUACGUUUACCGAGGCACGUACUUUGCGGACGUGCUCUACGGCGCGUACGUUUUCGGGGACAACACCAGCAACAACAUUUACUACAUCGUGCAGGACAAUGGUGUGUGGUCGGUCGGGACGAUCAUCUCAGACUCGAGCGUCUCGGUCAUCGGGUUUGCGGAGGACAACAACGGCGAGCUGAUGGUGAUCGAUCAGGACUACAACAUCUACCAGCUGCCCUGCGGCGAUAUGUGUGCUUCGACGUGCCUGGACCAAUCGGACCAGCAGCCCACCUACGAGUCCCUGGGAUGUUUCGUCGAUGUGCUGGGUGACCGCGCGUUGGAGAACGACGACGCCAUUCGCGCAUGCCUUGUCGACGAAAGGGUCAUGAGCCCUGCGAUUUGUGCGUCGUACUGCUACACGCUCGGAGCUACAUACGCCGGGGUGCAGUAUGGGUUCGAGUGCUUCUGCGGAGUGGACUCGGACUACAGCAGGCAUGGUACCUCGACGACCUGCAACAUGGAGUGCACUGGAUAUCCCUCGGAAAGUUGCGGAGGGGUCUUUAGUAUCGAGGUCUACGAGCUCGGAGAACCGGAGGCGUCGGAUUCGUCUGCGCUAUUGCUGGCGGGAGGUCCAACGCCGGUAGGUCCCACGGCCUAUGUUGAAGAAACUGCAGAUUCCUCGUCCGCAUCGUGCACUGCUUCCCAUGGCGCUGGCGGCCCUCUGAAGAUGAUACUGCUGUCCUUCGUAGGCUUGGUGUUCAUGUUCGUUGCUCUGUGA